AUGGCUCUACAGCGAUUGUACUUGCACAUCUCACAAUGGCCCGUAAAGAAAGAUGUGCAAGCUGACCUAGAUAACUACAAACGCCACAACGUGCAACUAAGGAACGAACACAAAGUCCUCUUAGAAAAACACGAGACACUACAGAUCGAACACAAACAAAUAUCAGAACGUCUCACAACAGCACAAUCACGUCUCUACGAACAAAGCGAGAAACCUACAGGUAACUUCUUCGCGCUCCACCAUGAAGCGCUCGACACUAUAGGCGCGCUCAAAGCAUCAACUACCACAGAUGAUGAACCAUCUUCAUAUGCCGAGAGAUAUGGUAUCUCUGCUAUUGACCCAGAUGUUCCACUCUCUGACUGUCCUAAAUAUAAGGACAACUACAACCGCACCAAGCUUGAAAACUGGGAGAACUUCGGUAAUUGGCUCAUGGGUAUCAAAAUGAAGCUUGCCUACUUCGGAGGGCUCCAUAGACUACACCCCAACUGCGAAGAAAUCUUUGGCGUCGACGCACUUGUUGAUGCGCGCUGCCGACGCAUAAUGAUCGAUUCGAUCAAAAAGGAACUUGUCAACACGGUAUACAAGAAUCACUAUGUCAAACGACCAUCUGAAUUCUUUAAUUACAUAUGCAUUACUAACAACACCGGCAGUCACGGCCGUUUCUGUGACGCAAUGAAGCGCCUCACAUCAUCUAUGGCAACUGGAUCUACCGAAAAGAGUAUGGAGCAGUUGAAGGAAAUCCGCCAAGGUCUCCUCGAUGUUGGUGAACACAUCCCUGACAAGUACUUGAUCUGCGCAUUGCUAUACAGCCUGAGCGAUGAAUACCAAUUACUUCGUUCAGCAAUAUUCGCUAUGGACACUGAUAAACUCGACAUCAAUGAGGUCUACCGGCUCACGCUCAAGUAUGAAGGGGAUCACCAGCGUGGGCGGCUGCACUACUUACUGCCGAAGCAGAUACUAUUGCCCACCCUGUCGACCUUCAAUUCUGCACUCCUUCUGUAA